CUUCUCUCGGCCCACGAGCCCCUCCCUCGUAAAUGUAUCCUCUGUACUAAAAGUCUAAAACAUUCCACUCUUUACUCUCUCUCUCUCUCUCUCCGAUCACUACCGCUUCUUCUUCUCCAAGUUUACCGAGGUAAAAAUGGCCGGAAAUGGAGGAGGGCCGGCGAUCGGGAUUGAUCUCGGAACGACUUACUCGUGUGUGGGGGUUUGGCAGCACGAUCGUGUUGAGAUUAUAGCAAAUGAUCAAGGAAACAGGACGACACCAUCUUAUGUUGCAUUCACCGAUACGCAGCGUUUGCUCGGCGACGCUGCGAAGAAUCAAGUCGCUGUGAAUCCUACCAACACUGUUUUCGAUGCUAAGCGUCUAAUCGGAAGAAGAUAUAGUGAUGCCCUUAUUCAGAGUGACAUGAAGCUCUGGCCAUUUAUGGUCACACCUAGUCCAGACGACAAACCCAUGAUAGGAGUAACAUACAAGAACAAAGAAAAACAAUUCUCUGCUGAAGAAAUCUCCUCAAUGGUCCUCGUAAAAAUGAAAGAAAUUGCAGAGGAUUACCUCGGCACCACCAUAAAAAACGCCGUUGUCACUGUCCCUGCCUACUUCAACGAUUCUCAGAGACAAGCCACUAAAGACGCUGGAGUCAUUGCUGGUCUCAACGUCAUGAGGAUAAUAAACGAGCCAACUGCUGCCGCCAUAGCUUAUGGUCUUGACAACAAAACCAGUAGCACCGGUGAGAAAAAUGUGCUCGUAUUCGAUCUUGGGGGUGGAACAUUUGACGUCUCUCUAUUAACCAUCGAAGAGGGUAAAAUCGAGGUUAAAGCUACGGGUGGGGAUACACAUUUGGGGGGUGAGGACUUUGAUAACAGAAUGGUGAACCAUUUCGUCCAGGAAUUCAAGAGGAAGCUUAAGAAGGAUAUUAGUGGGAACCCAAGAGCUUUAAGGAGGUUGAGGACUUGUUGUGAAAGAGCUAAGAGGAAUCUUUCGUCGACAGCUGAAACUACAAUCGAGAUCGAUGCGUUAUAUGAGGGGAUUGAUUAUUGUGCGACAAUUACUCGGGCCAGGUUUGAGGAGUUGAACAUGGAUUUGUUCAUGAAGUGUAUGGAGCCAGUGGAGGAGUGUUUGAGGGAUGCGAAAAUGGAGAAGAGAAAUGUUGACGAAAUCGUUCUUGUGGGUGGGUCCACUAGGAUUCCCAAAGUCCGGCAAUUGUUGCAGGAUUUUUUCCAUGGUAAGGAGCUUUGCAAAAGCAUUAACCCUGAUGAGGCUGUGGCUUAUGGUGCUGCGGUUCAGGCCGCUAUUUUGAGUGGUGAGCGGAGUGAGAAAGUUCAGGAUUUAGUAUUGUUGUUGGAUGUCACUCCGCUUUCCCUUGGUUGGGAAACUGUUGGUGGGGUUAUGACCGUUGUGAUUCCGAAAAACACCACCAUUCCGACAAAGAAAGAGCGCUUAACCACUACUAACGAGGAUAACCAACCCAAUGUUUUGAUUAAAGUGUAUGAGGGGGAAAGAACUCUAGCUAGUGACAACAACUUCUUGGGCAAAUUCACGUUGGAAGGAAUUCCUCCUGCUCCUAGGAGUGUCCCGGAGAUCAAGAUCUGUUUUGAUAUUGAUGCUAAUGGUAUUCUGAAUGUGUUUGCACAGGACGAAACUACUAGACAUAAGAGGAAGAUCACGAUCACAAACAGUAAGGGUAGGUUUUCGAAAGAGGAGAUUGAGAAAAUGGUGCAGGAGGCUGAGAAGUACAAGUUGGAAGAUGAGGAGAACAAGAGGAAAGUGGAGGCAAAGAACGAGCUGGAGAAUUACGCUUAUAAAAUGAGGAACAGUGUUAGGAUAGAGAAGAAUGGAGUGAAGAUUUCAUCAACUGACAAGGAGAAGAUUGAAGCUGCAUUUAACCAGGUGAUUCAGUGGUUGGAUGGGAACAAGCUCGCGGAUACGGAGGAGUUUGAGUAUAAGAUGAAGGAAUUGGAGGGAAUUUGCAAACCUAUAAUUGGUAAGAUGUCCUAGGGUGCUAGUGGUGGUAUGGGUGGAGUAAUGAAUGUGGAUGGUCCUUCUUUUGGUGGUGGAAGCGGUGCUGGACCUGAGAUUAAGUUGAUUAUGACGUUCCAAUCUUCAGUUUGAUGACUUAAUUUGUCCUCUGCAAACUAAUGUGGAGUACCUUUUAAGUAUUUCCUUUUAUUUUAUUUUUUUUUGGGAUUUUUGGUUUUCUUUCAUGCAAAACUAUUUUCGCCAGUGUUGUGUGAAGGUGUUAUCUACAUUCUUAGAGUA